GGUGUAAACAAACCGUCACGAUGUUCCUAAUGACAUAGAUGAGGAGUGUAUUUAUAGCGUUCCAGUCAGUAGGCGGUUAGUACUGCACAGAUGGAUUCCCUCCAGUUUUAUCUAAAAAAUGCAUACACAAGAGACAAAGAAGUCAUAUCCACAGUUUUCCAAAAAUACGAUCAAAAUGGGGAAGGAUAUCUUUCUUUCGAGCAGUUCUGCUGUUUUGUUGAGGAGAAUUUCGACUGUUCAGAUACAAAUGCAAAAUCCAGGAGAGACAGCAUAUUGAAGAUAUUUCAACUCAUUGAUAUAAAAAAGGAUGGCAAAUUGGAUGAGCCGGAGUGGGAUAUGGCUUGGUACUACUGGCUGAAACAGAUUCUGUCCCCCGUAACGGCACUGCUCAUCAUCGAUGUCCAGAAUGACUUCAUCAAUGGAAGCCUGGCACUGUCUGACUGUCCAGCGGGUCAGGAUGGGUUCGCAGUGGUGCCCAUCAUCAACUCCAUCCAGGAACAGGUCAACUCCGACGUGGUCGCCUACUCCAAGGACUGGCACCCACCCAACCACAUAUCAUUCAUUGACAACAUCAACAGCAGACCAUUGCAUUCCUCUUCCAAGGUAUCGGCCAGUGAGGCUGCCGUGACAGACACUGUGGUGUUUGCUGGGCCCCCGGUCACAGAGCAGAUGAUGUGGCCGCGACACUGUGUUCAAGACUCUCACGGGUCUGAGUUUCACCCUGACCUCAAGGUGCUGGACAAGUCGUAUUUGGUGCAUAAGGGCACCCACCCUGACGUAGACAGCUACUCUGCUUUCUGGGACAACAACAAGCUGUCUCAGACCAAGCUUGUCAGCAUCCUCGCCAAACACAAGGUCACUGAUGUGUAUGUGUGUGGACUUGCUUACGAUGUGUGUGUGGGUUCCACAGCUCUCCAUGCUUUAGAGCACGGCUUCAGGACGGUGCUGAUCGAGGACGGGUGUCGUGGUGUUUGUCUGCACGGAAUCGAUGACAUGAGACAGAGGCUGGUCAGCAAUGGAGCAUAUAUUGCCACAUCUGAUGAGGUCCAGGACCUUAUGUCAGCCAAGAAGCGCCCCCUGUUGUUGGCUGUAAAAGCUGCUGAAAAUUAUGCCAUGGCUAGGAGAAUAGUACGGUCAAGGGAAGUGUAGCUGGAGCUGAUGUGCUGCUGUCCCCGUGCUUACUGCCGGUGUGCAGGAAUGUACUGUCCCUCAUGUUCUGUUUGCUAUCUAUAUGGAGUACUGUGUAUAUGGAGUAGUAUGUACGAAGAGGACUAUGUAUAAGAAGUACUAUAUAUAUGGAGUAGUAUGUACGAAGAGGACUAUGUAUAAGAAGUACUAUAUAUAUGGAGUACUAUGUACGAAGAGGACUAUGUAUAAGAAGUACUAUAUAUAUGGAAUACUAUGUAUAUAGAGCAUUAUGUAUAUUACACCCUGUGUGAGCAAGUAAAUCAUAAAUCAAUCCUUUUCUGGGGAUUUUUUUGUGUUAAGUAAUUUUCAUGCUUGUUUUCAUCUCAGCUGUCAUUUAUUGAUGAAAUUUGAGAAAUCUGUUUCUUUAGGAAGUGUGUUCUUUUCAGCAAACCAAUAAUUUGAUUAAAGUUCAAGAGCUUAUAAAUAUUUAACAGACAAUAGUUUUAUAGAAAAUAAGUAAACCAAGUGGUUUAAGGUAAUUAUUUUGUGCAGUGAAUAGUUGACACAUGUAUGUCAUCAACCAGUUGAAAGGCAGCUCAAACAAUGUAUUGUGUUGGAGAUUUUAAAAUUAUAAAGGUGUAAAAUGUCUGGUUUGUGAUCAUUCUCCUUUGGCUUAGCCAGCAGAAGAGAUGAUUAAACUUGAUGAUCACUUGUUUUUACUGAUGUCAUUGAAUGCAUAUAUCCAGCUGUUAUCAUUUUAUACCACAAAUAUUCAAAAGUCAUCAUUCCACAAAUUUUGAUAAUUGCUAUCUGUUGGUCUUUGAACAGGUGGUAUUUAAAGGCUCAAUGUCACGCUUUUUCGACAAUAUUUUGGUCUAUAGUAUAUAUAUUGGGGCAUAUG